GUUUUUCAACUUGAUAGCUAUCGUUUGAUUAUUUUAAAGUGAUUCUCUUCAUCAACUAGGUUAUCAAGAGAUACAUCUCCCUUCGUUGAAUUAUAUUAAAUGGGCUGUGUUACCUGUUAUUUGUUGAUUUAUGCUAUCGUAUGGAUUAUAAAGUGGCUUUAUACUUUUUUUGGUGGCCGGCGGCUCCGUCCACAGCCCGUAGUGGCCGACCCUGAUGAAAAUAACACCGAAAUUCCUAAGGAACAGCCUCCCUUGCCAGACUCAACAGGACUGCGUUCACGAAGCUCGAAGAAGGACUCAGAUGCAGUAUCUUGACCCAGCGGCGAAUUACCUUUUGUUCAUUUAGGGACCUAAACGGCAUAUAAAAUAAUCACAGACUACAUUUUUUCCAUUUGGAGGGAAGAGGUCUAGGUGGAGAAUGAAUCACGUUGAUAUGGUAUUGGUCUCAUUUUACACAACGCACUAUUUACGGUGGCUAAUACCGAAACUUUAGUGAGGUGUUAGGUUGUUAUUAUUGACUUCCUCGGGUCAGCAUGAUUUCUGUGGAUAAAAUUUAGACCUUGAAGAGGGUGAAAGCAUGUUGUAUCAAAAAUAAUUUUGUUUUCUCUCUGUUUUACCCCACCCACUUAUUUGUAUUUUGUUGAAAGUUUAGUAGUUUAAUCGAAAAUAUAUCUAGGGGAAAAGCUAUCCAUAUUGCUCGACCACUAGUAUUCAUAAUAACUGGAUGUUAAUAUUGUGUAGCUUCAUUGUUAUUUUCAUUAAGGCGAUUCGCAUUCCUUCCACUUUCAGCAGUGCGAUUCUUA